AUGGGGGGAGGGGGAGGGGAUACAGGCUUAUCUUCUGCCUGGAAUUCUGCACUGACAGGGCAACCUAAACAGCUACAGCCUGAUCCUAAAAAGCCUGUGAGACGUGUGGGAGCCAAAGCCCCUCCUGACCGAACAGAAAGAGCUAUCGUCUGUUGUGGACUUAAAAAUCCUAUUCGAAAAUACUGUAUCGCUCUAAUGGAAUGGAAACCGUUUGAAUUCUUCAUCCUGCUUACUAUUAUGGGAAACUGCAUCUGUCUCGCUAUCUACACUCCGUUCCCAAACGGAGAUUCCAACGAAAGCAACGCGAUUCUGGAAAAAGUAGAAUAUGCUUUCCUCUUCAUUUUUACAGCUGAAUGUUUUAUGAAAAUAAUAGCGCAGGGGUUUAUCCAGCAUCAGAAUGCAUAUUUACGGAAUGCCUGGAAUAUUCUGGAUUUCACAAUUGUUAUGAUCGGUGUUGUGAGUACUGUGCUCUCUACUCUGGAGAUAGAAGGUUUCAAUGUCAAAGCACUUCGAGCUUUCAGGGUUCUCAGACCUCUUCGUCUCGUCUCAGGAGUACCGAGUUUACAGGUUGUGUUGAAUUCAAUCUUGAUGGCUAUGAUCCCCCUACUCCAUAUUGCUCUAUUGGUCAUGUUUGUUAUUCUAAUCUACGCAAUCAUUGGUCUAGAACUCUUCUCAGGGAUCCUUCAUAAAACAUGCUUCGAUAACACUACAGGUGUAAUGAUAAUGAUGGAGGAUCCUAAACCUUGCGGUGGAAAUUUCAUUUGUCCCAAUGGAACAAUCUGUCAGGAGUACUGGGAAGGCCCUAAUUACGGAAUAACCAACUUCGACAACUUUGCGUUCAGUAUGCUCACUGUGUUCCAGUGCGUGACAUUGGAGGGUUGGACCGAGGUCUUAUACUGGGUGAAUGAUAGCACAAGUCCAUCCUGGCCAUGGAUAUAUUUUGUUACUUUAAUCCUAAUCGGGGCAUUUUUUAUAAUGAACCUUAUUCUGGGCACCCUGUGCGGAGAGUUCUCAAAAGAGAGAGAGAAAGCAAAAAGCCGCGGAGAUUUUCAGAAGCAACGUGAGAAGCAGCAAAUAGACGACGACCUUCGAGGAUACCUGGAGUGGAUAACUCAUGCUGAAGAUUUAGACCCAGAGGAUGAGAGAACAAGUGAUAAUGGACGAAGUCCCUCUCAGAGCUCUGAUGGAGUUCGGACCAUUGCAGUCCGUCCUCAGGAUGGGACCUGUCCUAGUCCCAUUGUCCUCUCUCUAGUCCAGUCUUCUAUAAUUCCCAUUCAGCACAUUAUGCAAGCGAAAGUGAGUGAGAACCGUGAGGUGAAGAAAAGAGAACCAGAGACAGAGAUACCACAAUCCUCAAUUAGAAUAUUUAUCAAGGCGGCAGACAGGUGGAACAGAAAGUUUCGAAGGAACUGCAGAAGAGCAGUUAAAUCUCAGGCUAUGUUCUGGUUUAUCAUCAUUCUUGUUUUCUUAAACACUUGUGUUCUAGCCACGGAGCACUACAGACAACCAGAGUGGUUGGAUCAUUUUCAGGAAAUGACAAACCUGUUCUUUGUAAUCCUGUUCACGCUAGAGAUGCUUCUUAAGAUGUACGCUCUUGGAUUCCAGGGAUAUUUUGUUUCGCUGUUCAACAGAUUUGAUUUCUUCGUGGUUCUCAGCAGUAUUGUGGAACUUAUUCUUACAAAUGAGAAUGUUAUGCCUCCAUUAGGUCUUUCUGUUUUGCGAUGUGUGCGGCUUCUUCGUACAUUUAAAGUGACGCGGUACUGGAGAUCUCUUCAGAAUCUGCUGGGCUCCCUUAUAAAUUCAAUUGAAGCUAUAGUUUCUCUCCUGGUACUUCUUUUCCUUUUCCUUGGCAUUUUUGCUCUAUUGGGAACUCAAGUUUUUGGCGGGAAAUUCAAGGAGCGAAAAUCCCCGACCUAUGGUUACUCGAAACCCCGCGCAAAUUUCGAUUCAUUCAGUGAGAGUUUCUACGCGGUAUUCCAGAUAUUGACUGGUGAGGACUGGAACGUGGUCAUGUAUGAUGGAAUCCAGGCCUAUGGUGGAGUAAAGAGUUUCGGAUACCUCUUUAGUGUUUACUUUAUCAUCUUAUUCAUCUGCGGUAACUACAUUCUCCUCAACGUUUUCCUUGCCAUUGCCGUCGACAAUCUGUCAGAACCAGUCGAAUCUCAGGAGGUAGAUCACACUAUGGAUACAAAAGAAGAUGUUUCCAAGAUAAAAAAUGACGAGGAUAACGAUGUAAAGGAGGAGGAGAAGGAAAUAAACUCUAAUGAGGAAACUGAAGAAAAUCAAAAUCUAGAAGGAGAGACUUAUAGUGCUGGGUUAUGUCAGGUUCCAAGUGAGGAAGAAUAUUAUCAGCAAGAGUAUACCUACAGUAAAGAGAGGAUUAAUACCAAUAUCUCUAGUCCCAGGAAGGAAAGACCAAUGCCUACUCAGCUUUCCCUUUUUAUAUUCUCUCAUAAUAACAGGUUAAGAAAGAACUGUCACUGGUUGUGUAACCACUCAUAUUUUGGGAAUGUCGUCUUACUCUGCAUAAUGGUUUCCAGCUUUAUGCUGGCAGCAGAGGAUCCAUUGGACAGUAACUCAGAGCGAAACAAGAUAUUGAAUUAUUUUGACUACUUUUUCACCACAAUCUUCACUAUUGAGUGUACUCUGAAGAUUAUUGCAUACGGGUUCGUGUUACACAAGGGUAGCUUCUGCAGGAACGGGUUUAACCUUCUUGACCUAUUGGUGGUAGCAGUCAGCCUUAUUUCCUUUGUUUUCAGCAUGCUAAAAGAGAGUGGAAUUGAGACUCUGAGAAAUUCCGGAGCCAUAUCAGUUGUGAAGAUUCUCCGUGUACUCAGAGUCCUUAGGCCCCUAAGAGCCAUUAAUAGGGCCAAGGGACUAAAACAUGUUGUUCAGUGCGUUAUAGUUGCUGUAAAAACAAUAGGAAAUAUUUGCCUUGUAACUGUACUACUAGUUUUCAUGUUUGCUGUUAUUGGAGUUCAACUGUUUAAGGGUAAAUUCUUCAUGUGCACAGACAGAUCUAAACUGGUCGAAGGUACCUGUAAGGGUUCCUUUAUUAACUUUAUGGACAAUGAUAUCAAUCAACCUGUUGUAGAAGAGAGAGUUUGGGAGAG